AAUAAAUUACAAAAUCAUGUGGGCUGCGGCGCAUGAAUUGUCAUGAAAAUUAGAUUUACAUUUUAAUUAUAUCAAAUAAAUAAAAAGUGAUGCAUGAUUCAAAUGACAGCAAUGAAUAUGAUUCAAGAAAACUUUAUCUGAUGGAGAUGCUAACUCAAACUUUGGGUAUUAAUACGAUGUUAUAUAUACCACACAUUGCGGUUGCUUGGGGAGCUGCAGGAAACGCGAUAAGUUUAGUCCUUAUUUACAUUUCGAUUGGGAUCCCAUUGCUGUACAUGGAGAACGUGGUGGGACAGUUCACAGGCCGCGACUGCCUCGAAGUGUGGUACGCUCGAUCCUGUCUCUCGCACUUUGGCUAUUUUCACAUAUGUUGGCAAGCCCUGUACCUGAUUUACCUUCACACCCUCAACUCUCUCUUACUGCACUAUUUAAUAAUAAGUUUUGAAAAUCCGAUACCAUACUACGCGUGUGGACGAUGGUCUAAGUCUAACUGCGGUAUCUUAAGUCACAACUACAGCGUUAACCAAGAAUGUUUGAAGAUAAAACCGCCAUUACCAUAUUGUACUAAACUGUAUGAAACAUUUCCAGAGUAUCAAUAUUACAGAUUUUUCAUAUUAGGACACGAUAAAACUUCUUAUUUUUUGGCUUGGCGAGUCAGCGUGGCCUCCGCAGUUCUUUCUGUCUUUCUUUUUCUCUGUUGCAUUAAACGUAGGUAUUGUUUAAAAUGGUUAUUGUUAUUUUUCUCAUUAUUUCCUGUAGUGGCUCGUGUAAUUUUUAUGAUAGGUUCAAUGCUUCAAAAGGGAUUGGUGGUGAAAUAUGAGGAAGCUGUAGAUGCCGAUUUUACUGUCUUUAGCCAACGGUUUAGCUUAUCUAAUGCUAUAUCGGAAGUGUUGUAUAGCCUCAAAGUGGGAACGGGGUUAUCAUUCGGGACCGCUUCAAGGACCUCGUUCCGAGCCCCGUGCUACUCCAACUCGGUCAUCGUAGUGAUUAUCACGGCCGCUGUCAUUGUCCUCGGAAUAUUCAGCAAUGUCAUGAUGGUCUGCCCAUACGCUUUCCAAUAUUCUGUUACACCAGCUGUAUUUAUGGGCUACCCCUUGGCGAAUAUUUUCGAGAAAAUGCCUAGGUUAAUACAUAUGUAUGAAUUUUCGUCGUUGUGGUUAGUACUUGCUUAUAGUUUCAUAGCAAUAUCAUCGAUAGGGUUAAGUAUUUGUAUCCUCUCAAGUUUUAUAAAGUUGUUUGGAAAAAGAUUUCUAACAAUAGCUCAAUAUUCCGGACUGUUUAGUUUUGUUAUUGCUUUUUCGUUGUACAUAGUUACAACUCCAUUGCUUGGUACUAUGAGCAGAUUUGUUCUAGUAGAUAUAAGACGUGCUACAAAUGUUCUGAUGCUAUUUAUGGUAAUGAUGGAAAACUUUGUUUUUGUACACUGGUACGGACUAGGAAAGUUUUCUGAAGAUAUUCACUUUAUGCAAGGAGUUCCACCAAAAGCUACAAUAAAGAUUUGCUGGCUGUUAUUAGCUGUUGUGCUGGCGUAUGUAUUUAUUUCCCAGUUCAUUGAACUUUUUAGUGAAAGGAACGAAACGUUAGGCUCCACCGUAGGCUUUUGUAUUUUGGUGAUGAAUAUUGCCGGAGCUCUAACUAUAUCGACGGUCAAAUUACUAAUAGGUGUCUAUAAGAAAACAUUUCGUGAAUUGCUACGUCUUGAUCCAACUUGGGGGCCCAAGACUGUGAUACUGCAGCGAAGCAGAGCUAUGUUUACUGCACAAGCAAUGACUAAGGAGUACAUAUAUCGGCAAUAUCACCUACAAGCUGGAAUACUGAUGAGGCAAAAAAGGUCAAAUGUGAGAAAUGAUAAGAGUGGAUGGCCGGCCGUCGCACAGGCCUGAUAACACUUGGAGACGAGCUUUGUACUGGUAGAUGUAAUUUUAAAUGUAACUAUGAACGUGUAAUAAACAGAUAACUCUAAUACAGUCUUUUAAUCCCAAAUUCCUCUUUAAAAUGUUUUUUUUAGAGAACAAAGUUUUGCUUCAGAAUUAUUAGUCAAUACGGUUGGGGUCAGGCCUUCAUCUGUUAGUCUGUUGAAAUAAACUUUGUACCACUUCCUUCCAUUUUUCAAUGCUUUGACAUCUCGACAUUUUGGGAUAUGAACUAACCUUGGUCCAUCCCUUUACAGCAGAGUACUUAUUUUUUAGAGGCUGUUUUUAAUGGACCUUGCGAAUUUUGUUUACCAACUGAUGUUUCUUUGAUCCUAUACCGGUUGAUUAAAUUUAUCCAUUCAGUCUGGUCAUGUCAACAAGGAAACUAUAACAUAUUAUGAUACACUGGUCCGACCAAACUUUGCCAGGAAACUAAUAGGCCAAUAUUUUCUGUUAGCGCGUGUCACGUUGAUAUUUCGCGCGGGUUUCUUCCCCCGAAAUAAUGUUCCGCAUUAGCGGCUGUUACAGUGAUUAAAUGACUAGCUGGCUAGGGAAGUAAUAAUGUAUUGCAAACACCGAUGGUAAUGGAUAUAGUUUAUGUAUACUAUGGUACCACAUUUACGA